UCGCCCGUUGAUCGGCCUUUGCGGUAGGGAGUUGUUUGGCGGACCAGGCAAGUUUUCUACAACUUCGGAUGUGGAUUUUCCCCCAUAAAAGAAACCGCACUUCGUUCGUUUUAGGGUCGUUUGCUCCCGUCGUUACCCGGCUUGUCGAGGAAGCCGACUGUUUCGGGGCGUGGUACACAAACACAAAGCUACAGUGAAGGGAACACGUCCUCCUCGGCGACUGGGUCUUUACGAUGCCGACGUUGCGGGACAGCACCAUGUCCCACCCCGGCGAGAAUUCCCACCAAGUCCGGGUAAAGGCCUAUUACAAAGGUGACAUCAUGAUCACCCACUUUGAACCAUCCAUCUCCUUUGAGGGUCUUUACGGGGAGGUGAGGGACAUGUGCUCCAUGGACAACGACCAGCUCUUCACCAUGAAGUGGAUCGAUGAGGAAGGUGACCCUUGCACUGUGUCAUCACAGCUGGAGCUGGAGGAGGCCCUGCGUCUGUACGAGCUCAACAAGGACUCAGAGCUCAUCAUCCACGUGUUCCCAUGCGUACCAGAGAAACCAGGCAUGCCCUGUCCAGGAGAGGACAAGUCGAUAUAUCGGCGUGGAGCCCGACGCUGGAGGAAGCUGUAUUAUGCUAGUGGGCAUGCCUUUCAGGCCAAGCGCUUCAAUAGGCGGGCCCACUGCGCCAUCUGUACAGACCGUAUCUGGGGCCUGGGGAGACAGGGCUACAAAUGCAUCAACUGCAAACUGCUGGUCCACAAGAAAUGCCACAAACUGGUCACCGUGGAGUGUGGCAGACAGAUGAUACAGGAACCUAUCAUGCCUGGCCCAGGACCUACCCCGUUAGACCACCCUGAACAGCCAGGUCCUCAGAAUAAAGACUCCAGAGAAAGCCUGACUUACGAUGGAGAGGAGAAGGAGCCACUCCAUCACCACUUACAAUCCCCUCUCCCCACUAAGGCUCGGAGCAGUAGAGACACAGGGAAAUCGGCAUCCAGCCUCGGCCUGGCAGACUUUGACCUGCUGCGGGUGAUCGGCCGGGGCAGCUAUGCCAAGGUGCUUCUGGUGCGACUGAAGAAAACUGAGCGCAUCUACGCCAUGAAAGUAGUCAAGAAGGAGCUGGUCAAUGACGACGAGGACAUCGACUGGGUGCAAACGGAAAAACACGUUUUUGAACAGGCAUCCAAUCAUCCCUUCUUGGUCGGCCUUCAUUCUUGUUUCCAGACAGAGAGCAGACUCUUCUUUGUAAUCGAAUAUGUUAACGGCGGUGAUCUGAUGUUUCACAUGCAGAGACAAAGGAAACUUCCAGAAGAACAUGCAAGAUUCUACUCAGCAGAAAUAAGUCUGGCGCUGAACUACCUCCACGAGCGGGGCAUUAUAUACAGAGACCUGAAACUAGACAACGUACUGCUGGAGUCUGAGGGACACAUCAAGCUCACAGACUAUGGCAUGUGCAAGGAGGGUUUGAGACCAGGUGAUACAACCAGCACUUUCUGCGGUACACCCAAUUACAUAGCCCCUGAAAUACUCAGAGGAGAGGAUUAUGGUUUCAGUGUGGACUGGUGGGCGCUGGGGGUGCUCAUGUUUGAGAUGAUGGCUGGCCGGUCGCCCUUCGACAUUGUGGGGAGCUCCGACAACCCCGACCAGAACACAGAAGACUACUUAUUCCAAGUAAUAUUAGAAAAACAGAUCAGAAUUCCCCGCUCACUGUCGGUCAAAGCCGCCAGCGUCCUCAAGGGAUUCCUCAACAAGGAGCCUAAGGAGCGUCUGGGCUGCCACCCUCAAACAGGCUUUGCUGACAUCAUGAGCCAUCCGUUCUUCCGAAACGUCGACUGGGACCUUAUGGAGCAGAAGCAGGUUGUCCCUCCGUUCAAGCCCAACAUCUCAGGGGAGUUUGGACUGGACAACUUUGAUGCACAGUUCACCAACGAGCCCAUCCAGCUAACGCCUGAUGAUGACGACGUGGUGAAGAAGAUCGACCAGUCUGAGUUCGAGGGGUUCGAGUACAUCAACCCGCUCCUGAUGUCUGCGGAGGAAUGUGUGUGACGGACCUUGAGUUACACGUUAGCGCGCACACCCGUACACCCACACACACCCCGGUGACGUGGCGUCUCGAUAUCAUCAGUUAAAUGGUCCCGAGACAACACGCCAAACAUCAAACCUUCUGUUCGAGGGCCGAACACACUCAGCAAAACCGCUUAUUUGCCAAAACCAGUUUCACACUCUGCCAUUUAUAACCACUAGCCCUUAAGCCUACCUUCUUUCUUAAUUAUUUUUGUAUUGUGUAAAUCCACACUGAUAUCAGUUCGCUCAUCAGGGCCUACUUAUCAGUAGCUGACGAGGUUACGAGGUUCUUCCAAGGUUAUUGGACACUUGGGCCGGCGGGGGGGACUGGACCGGGGGACUGCCCAUGAGAGAUGGAGCUGCGUGUCCUUUCUCCACUAGCGGUGUUUUUCGUUGCAUAUUUUAUUUGUACAUUUGAAACUACCAUUGAAGAUAGACAAGGCCUUUUUAGCGCCAAGCCCAGCUAACCGUUGAACACGACCGACAACGUUCAUCCUAAAGAAGUCAUAAUGAAGUCCACAGGGAUUAUUAGCUUUGUCGCUGCACCGCUUAUGUAGAGAAAAGAAGAAACAUGACACUAGCCUUUUUUUUCUUUUUUUUUUUUAAACAAAGAAAAACAAAUUAAUCUAUAUAUUUUUCUCAUGUUUUAUUUAAUGACAUAGCAGUCACUAUAUAUGUUGCUCUAAAGUGUUAAGUUGUCCAGCCUCGUUAUGAGAACCAUAAAGGGUUUGGUCCAUUUUGUUGCUAUAAAUAUUGAUCAUACACUACGUCUGGAACAGAGGAGGUAUCCGGUUGGAGAACCUUCUUUCACAGUGAGGGAACCUUUUCCGUAGCAACCAACCAACACUAAGAAAAAAAAAAGAGUUGAUACUCAAACUGUGAAUGGGAAGUGUUUACUACAUGGGGAACUAGGCUGGAGGAGUAGGGCAUGAUGUCUACGGUUGGAGCUCUAGCUAACUUCUAGCUAUGCAGACCAUCCAUAUAAUGAACGUUCACACAGGACCAAAAAUUGUCUUCUUUUUUUUUUCCUUUUUUUUUUUCAGAGAAAGAUGUUUUUCUGGUACGUUUUAGAAGGUACACUAUAUAAGAAUAGGAAGAUGAGCUGUCCUAGAAGUUCUGUCUACAGAUUCGUCUAUUAACUUUUUUUUUUUUUUACAAUACUCUGCCUUUCUAAAACCUAUUUUCUGUUUAGACUGUUUUUCCCUACUUUCUCGUCAUUCCGUGUAUUUCUUUCCUGGUUAAAAAAAAGAAUACAUGAAUAAAUAAACUGCGUGUUAAAACAGAAGUUCGGUUGGAUGUCCAAAGACCAGGUAUGAUACAGUUGGGUCAUUUCACUGGUAGUCCCCAAGGGCUCUGUUUUUAGACCCCUGACAAUUGGCAUGAAAACUGUAAUCUGUCUGCUGUACAAAGAAAGGGACUCUCUAUUUUGACCAUCUGAUGUUUUUUGUAAAAAAAAAAAAAAAAAAAAAAAUCCAACAGCUCGAAUACAUUGAAAAUCCCCGAAGAACUGUUUCCUCACCCCUGACUCAAGUUGGGAAAAUUGUGGUAAAUGAUGGUUAAAAAAAAAAGGAAAAAUACGAAAAUUCCCGACUCUUUUCUAGUCACCGCUUAACUUGUUCAACAUUCAUGGGUCCACAUGGUGACAGGAGGAAAAAGCACAUGUAAGACUUGUCUGACACAUUUUCUGUUUUACUGUUACCUUUUAUGAAUCAAAUUUACUGUUGAAUUUUUUUUUUUUUAUCACUUCAUUGAUUCUUGGUUGUUUUGGGGUGAACCCUUCGAAAACACUACGGUGAUCAUGAUGUGUUACCUUUGUGGGGUGGAUGGCACCCCAAGGACUCCGCUGAUCUUUAUUAACAUUAUGUAAAGAGAAAAAGGAACAUAAAAUAAACGUUUUAUUUCUC